CACACACAGAAGCACCAAGCCAAGCUUGUGUCCUCGCAACGACGUUGUUGCUGCUCUGUUCCCCUCCUCUUCCUCCAUUACAGUGCUCUCUUCCACGCUCAUCCUCACUCACCCUCAUCCACCCUCAUCCACCCUCAUCCUCACCCAUCCUCACUCAUCCAUCUAUCCAUCUGUAUCAGCCCACCUUUCGCUUGACAAGCGGUAAUGGCUCACAAUUCCUCAAACUGGAUCCGCAGCAGUCCAGGCCCUGCUGCCCUGGCACUGGUGGUGGCUGUUCUUCUCGUGAACACGCUCCCACUUCUCGCCGCCCCUCGCCCAAACCCAAGCAAGCAGACCACCGCACCGCCGGCCCGCCUCGUCAACCUGCCGUCGCCACCGACGCCACGCCUGACCCCGCAGACGCUGGAGAACCUCGGGGAUGGCCCCACGCAGCUCCAAGCAGCAGGGGUCGACCAAGACCAGCAGCAGCAGCAGCAGGAGCCACAGCACAAGCCACAGCGUCGCCGACGCGCUUCCUCUGACACGGGCAAGGCCCUGGAUGAGGCCGGUUCCACGCCCGCCACUGCCGCAAGCGUCAACUUGGUGAACAGCCACGCCUUUGCCGCCACGGGCGUCAUCUCAUCGCCAACGGACGUCGACUGGUGGCGCGUGCAGGUCACCGACACCAACGGCGCCAUAUCUGCCAGCGUGAAGCGUGCCCCUGUGAACGCCGAUGGCAAGGUGGUGGACACCACCAGCGGCGUGCAGCCCACGUUCCACCUCAAUCUCUUCAACAGCGAUGGUGGCCUUGUGCCCGCAGCAAACGACCUCUUCUCCAAGGACCCCGCGGUGCUCCUGCGCAGAAACCUCCAGCCAGGCACAUACUUUCUCAGCGUGAGCAUCCCAGAUGAGCUGCCGGUCCUGCCCGCUGCGUUCGCCACCCUGGGCAGGUAUGCCCUGGAAGGGUCAUACCCAAGCCAGGCGCCUCCAUCCGGCUACGACACCGCCCUCGUGUGCAGCGACGAUCAGUUUGAGGAGAACGACGAGUCUGACAACGCAUACGUGCUCUCUGAAGAGCAGACCAGCUUCGAUGCCGUCGUGUGCGAGUCUGACUUCGACUGGUACCGCGUGUACGUGUGCGCGGGCGGGCAAGUGGCCAUUGAUGUGCUGUUUGACCACGAGACGGGUGACCUGGACGCGUACCUGUACGACAGCGAGGGCAACAACGUCGUUGCAGCCACGUCCGCCACAGACAACGAGUACCUCACCCACACCGACACUGUUGGCGGUGGCUGGUACUGGCUCGUGGUGUAUGGCUACUACACGGACACCACAGCGCCAUACCACGUGGACAUUGCCGUUACCUGCUCCGGUUGCCCAGACGAUCAGUAUGAGGAGAACGACUUUUACGAAGACGCGUACUGGUUCUCUGCUGGUGUGACGCACUUUGAUGCCUACACGUGUCCGGAGGACUUUGACUGGUUCCGGUUCUUCGUGUGCGAGGGCGCAGAGAAGGUCACCGCCACCGUCACCUUCGACCAGGACGUGGUGGAUCUCACCGCCCGCAUGUACAACGCUGCUGGCAACAGCGUCGCCUUCAGCAACUCCACAACAGACAACGAGGUGCUGGUGGACGAGGACGUCACAGACCCAGGGUACUACUACCUGGACAUCUGGGGCUACUGGGUCACGUCCACAGGGCCGUACAGCGUGGACAUCCAAGUGGAGGGCUGCUCGGAGUGUGAGGAUGACGAGUAUGAGACGGAGGACAACAGCCCAUAUGUGCUGCCUAGCGCCACGUCAGGGUUCAACUUUGACGCCGUCAUGUGCGACACGGAUCCGUUUGGUGAAGACUGGUAUCGCGUCACCUUCCCAUGCUUUGGCAACACCACCAUCACCCUCACGGACGACGAUGCAAGCGACCUCGACUUUGAUGUCUACGACACUUCCGGCAACCUCAUUGGCGGCUCAUACUCGGGUGGCAACGUCGACACGUUCAGCUUUUAUGUCAACAGCACGGGCAUGGGCUGGCUGCUCGUUUACCCAUACACCGUCGCCGCUGGCGGUGCGCCGUACCACGUGGACAUCCACGCAGAGUGCUUCACCACGGAGGAGCCAACAACAAGCAUGUGCACCAACGACAACUUUGAGCCCAACAACGACUACAGCAACGCGUACGUGCUGGACGCGUCUGAGUUCAACUUCAACGCCGUCUUGUGCUCGGAUGAGGAGGACUGGUACCGCGUGCGCGUGUGCGCGUAUGGCGACCUGGACAUCACCCUCACCUUCGACCACGAAUCAGCAGACAUUGAUGUGGCCCUGUACGACGCUGAUGGGUACUACGUCGCCCAGGGCAACUCCACCACAGACAACGAGUUCAUCUCGUACACGGACGUCGCUGGCGGCGGGCUGUACUACCUGUACGUGUACGGCUACAACAACAGCCCGCAGGGCACGCCCUACGGUGUUUCCAUCGACAUGGCUUGCCCCGAGUGCGAGGACGACCAGUUUGAGGACAACGACACGCCCCAGACAGCGACGCCGCUCUCCACCUUGCCUGCAAGCUUGGACGCGCACGCGUGUCCGCAGGACGAGGACUUCUUCGCUGUGGAGGUGUGCAGCGGUGGCACGCUCGAUGUGACCGUGCUCUUCUCCCACGCCGUUGGCGACGUCGACCUUCGGCUGUAUGACGCAAACCUGACGGAGGUUGCAUCCUCCACAUCCACGUCCGACAACGAGGCUGUCUCUCACACCAACACGCUCGCCACCCCCGCCGUCUUCUACAUCCACGUGUAUGGGUACAGCGGAGCCAGCGCGCCCUACCACUUGGACGUCGCCGUGGACUGCGAGGGCUGUGCUGAUGACCAGUAUGAGGACAACGACUCGUACACCUCCGCCACCGUGCUCUCGGUCGAUGACACGGAGAUUGACGCAUACGCCUGCCCGCAGGACGAGGACUGGUACCGCGUGCCCGUGUGCGCCGGAGGACACGUGGUGGUCAGCGUGCUGUUUGACCACGACAACGGCGACAUUGACGCGUCCCUCUUUGACGCUGACGGCUACCUUGUGGCGCUGGGCAACUCAACCACAGACAACGAGGUUCUCGUGCACACCAGCGCGGCCACGCAGGACGGCCUGUACUACCUGUAUGUGGGUGGAUACAGUGGCGAUUCCGGCAGCUACCACAUCAGCAUCAACGUCACGUGCCACGCGUGCGACAAUGACGAGUUUGAGCCAAACAACAACGGCGACAGCGCAACCGUGCUGACCGCGAGCCAGACCCAGUUCUCCGCAGUCAUCUGCCCCAACGAUGAGGACGUGUACCGGUUCCCCGUGUGCGCCAACGGCAACGUGAGCGUGUCUGUCUUCUUCAGCAACGACGAAGGCAACCUCGACGCGUACCUGUACGAUGCCAGCGGCUCCCUUGUUAGCAGCGGUGUGUCCACGACCGACAACGAGGUGCUGGCCCACAGCGCGGGCGGGGUUGGCGGGCUGUACUAUCUUCGCGUCGUCGGCGUUGGUGGCGCCUCGGCCCCAUAUCAGGUGCUGAUUGAAGUGCAGUGCCCACCAUGCCACGACGACCAGUUUGAGGACAACAACGACCCAGAGAGCGCCACGGAGCUCGCGCCGUUUGUGGACAGCAUCAGCGCCAGCAUCUGCCCGGAGGACGAGGACUACUACGCCAUCCCCGUGUGCGGUCUGGGCACCAUCACCGUGAACCUUGCCUUCGAGCACGACGUUGGUGAUAUUGAGCUGCAUCUCUUUGACAGCAGCGGCACGCUGGUUGCCUCGUCCACCAGCAGCACCGACCAUGAGACCGUCCAGCACACAGACACCACUGGCAGCGCCAGCAUGUACAUGGUGCGCGUGUAUGGGUACCAGGGCGCAAGCGCCCCGUACGCCAUGUUCUUUGAUGUGGUCUGCCCGCCGUGCGAACCGGACUCAUUCGAGUCCAACGACGUCCCAGACUCAGCCACCGUGCUGUCGACACAGCACACCAGCUUUGAUGCCUCCAUUUGCUAUGGCGACGACGACUGGUACCGCGUGCCCGUCUGCGCUGGCGGCCGUAUCGCCAUUGCCAUUGAGUUUGAGCACGCCGGUGGUGACCUGGAUAUGGCGCUGUUUAACUCGGCAGGAAAGCUGAUUGGCAAAGCCACGUCUGUCACGGACAAUGAGGUUGUGGUGUACACAGACAACUCCGCUGCGGACUCGUUGUACCUCCUCCGCGUGUAUGGCUUCAACGGCGCUACCAACCAGUACAAGGUGCACAUCAACAUCACCUGCACGCCGCUGCCCUUCCCGCCAUACACGUGCCCGGAGAACGACGAGCACGAACCCAACAACGUGCGGCAGACAGAGGCCACGCGCGUGUCGACACCGGGCACGUUCACGGGUGUGCUGUGCAAUGGCGAGAACGACUGGUUCACCUUCCACGUGUGCAAACGAGGCGUGAUUCGCGCCCACCUCUCCGUGGACCCGGACACGGCCAACAAGGUCAACCUCUCCAUCCACAAGCGCCGCGGCAAGCGCAAGAUUCGGGAGAAGCUGCGUGGUGGCCAGGUUGAGGCUGAGAUUGAGGCGCAGGCUGGGCGAGCCGGCUACUACUAUGUGCUCGUUGACUCUGUCAAGCGCACGGCCAGCCAGGUCUACCGUCUCACCAUCGAGAUUGACGGCUGCGACGAGUGAUGUGUGUGUGUGUGUGAAGGAGAUGACGUUUGUCGAGGACUGACGACCCCUUUACCUUGCACGCUGUGCUGACCGUUCUUUCUGUGUUGACAUGGAUGUCUUGUUGCGCGGCUGCGCAAUCAUCCCUGCCUGUUGGUGGGUGAGUGGGCGUCUCCACUGCCUUCCACUCUCUGGUUGAAAGUACAACUGUCUUCACUCUGUGUGUCUGUGUGUGUGGUGUGUGUGUGUGUGUGUGUGUGUGCCUGGCCAGACUACAUGCAAUAACACGACAAUUGACAUGAAUUCACGACUUUCGUUUACUCGAUCAAAGAGGCGUGUAAAGAAACAAGGAGGG